AUGAGCAGGCCAAGUUGUCGGGCGAGUGCACAAUGGGCGCGGAAAUUCAGUACCUCGGCUCGUCGCCAACAGGGCACAGCACAAGACGCCGCAGCGCGUCUCCUUGACAGCUUCGCCAACAAGACCGUCAGCCGCCGGCAGCUCAUCGACGGCAACCAGCUUCAGAAGCUGUCGCUGACUCUGGGCCGGACAUCCAUUGGCGCUCACAAUGUGGCAGAGCGCGCGCCGCCCGUCGGCACCCCGGUGCCCCCUGGACACCACCUAGUGUACUUUACGCCAGAUGGCGUAGAGGCAGACUUGGGCCCCGACGGCUCCGACAGGACCUACAACGCCGCGGCGCCGUUUUCGAGACGCAUGUGGGCAGGCGGCAGGAUGCAGUGGCCGUCCGACGGCGCAUCCAUCCGUGUGGGCGACGAGGUGGAGGAGCGCACGACGCUGCUGAGCGCAACGGCCAAGAAGAGCCGCUCGGCGGGCGAAAUGGUCCUGGUCGAGGUGGUCAAGGAGCUCGAGGGCCCUCGCGGCGUUGCUAUCGUGGACAAGCGAUCCUGGGUCUUUCGUCCAGAAGUCGAUCCGAGCAAUGCGGCAGCGCCUGAGCCACCGAGACGGACCAAGCAGGGGCCAACUUUAAUCGAGGAUGUAGCUAGUCAAUCUGGAUUUGCUGCAAGGAGUUUCUGCUGGUCGCCUGUAGGCCUCUUUCGCUUCUCGGCACUGACGUUCAAUGGCCACAAGAUUCACUACAACGAGGGCUGGACAACCGCUGUCGAGGGCCACCCAGGAGUGGUUGUGCAUGGCCCGUUGAAUCUCAUUAGCAUACUCGAUUACUGGAGAGAUGUGCAUGGAAAUGACCAGGCGCCAAAGGAGGUUGUAUACCGCGCCAUGUCGCCACUAUACGCUGGUGACCAAUAUCAGGUGCUUACUGCCAGCUUAGAGGAGGGACGCGAUGGUAAAAAGUGUCACAUCUUGGCCGAGAAGGACGGUGUUGUGUGCAUGAAGGCCGAAGUGCUGUAA